CCUUGCUUUAACUCGGCCCGCGCGGCCGGCCCCGCCACCGCCGCCAUGCCCAUGAAGGGCCGCUUCCCCAUCCGCCGCACCCUGCAGUACCUGGGCAAGGGAGACGUGGUGUUCAAGGACUCGGUGAAGGUCAUGACGGUGAACUACAACACGCACGGGGAGCUGGGCGAGGGCGCCAGGAAAUUUGUGUUUUUCAACAUACCUCAGAUCCAAUACAAAAACCCUUGGGUGCAGAUCAUGAUGUUAAAGAACAUGACGCCAUCGCCCUUCCUGCGAUUCUAUUUAGAUUCUGGAGAGCAGGUUCUGGUGGAUAUGGAGACCAAGAGCAAUAAGGAGAUUAUGGAGCACAUCAGAAAAAUCUUGGGGAAGAAUGAGAAAACCCUCAAGGAAGAGGAGGAGGAGAAAAAGCAGCUCUCUCACCCAGCCAGCUUUGGUCCCCGGAAGUAUUGCCUGCGGGAGUGCAUCUGCGAAGUGGAGGGACAGGUGCCCUGCCCGAGCGUGGUGCCGUUACCCAAGGAGAUGAGGGGGAAGUACAAGGCCUCACUGAAAGCCGGUGGCCAGGACUAGGGCUCGGGGCCACUGGAUGGAACACUUGGCAUGGGGGUUACCUUCACCCCAGGGAAGCCCCUGGUUCUGUCCUCAGAGACUCUGGAAAUCUCUUUGCAAUAAAAGGUCCCCUUCAUGCACUUGUGUAAAAGGAUGUGGAGAGGAGUGUCUGCA